CGAUCGCGAACGCGACGUCGAGGCCUCGAUGCUCGGCCGCCGACUGCAUCAGGGCGAAGAGCCCACGAGCGUUGUCGAUACGCAGAAAAUCCUGCCCUCUGAUAGCCUCAAUGGCCCAAAUGAUUAUCAUUCGCCUUCCAGCCGCGUCGACGCGAAGCAUUGUGAAUCAUUAGACGGCCGCGUGCUCAUGUGCCAGGCAGUUCGCCCGAUGCGAGGUGCCAUCGCAGAGCAAGCGCGCCAGGCCAUCUCCUCAUUCUCACUGGCGACGAGUCCACUGUCCCGACCCCGCACCCUGGGCUCCGCAUAAUGACCAUACUUGAACGCGAUAUCCGCGUUCGACAUCCCAACGUUGUGCAGGUGGCGGCCGGCAGCGCUGUACGGUAAACGAGUACGAAAGUUGCGCCCCGUCCGCACUUCCUCGAAGUCUAUCGCGCCAUUAAUCAAGCAGCGCGCCAUCGCGACUUUGGGUUUCAACCAGUCUGGCUUCCGGACGGGGCAGUCGGCAAAAUACUCGUAGACCUCAUGAAAACCCUCGCUGGGACCACCAGUUCAACCCUCCAUGUUUCCCACAGCCCUCCGUGGGGGAGAGGGAGGGGGGGAAGACUGAGGGUCGACUGACGGUUGAACGAGGGUUUCUAUACGCAAGCAACACAUAUCCGCUACCGCCCCGGAGGCACCGCGGGGAGUGUCCUCAAGCCCCGUCGAGUUCUCAGUUUUGAACUUACU